CGCGCCGCGUAGCCCUCGAUGAGCAUGUGAUCAUCCAGCGUUCUUUCGUUCACCAUCUCUCUCUCUCUCUCUCUCUCUCUCUCUCGCUCUCUCCUCUCCACAACAGCGCGUAUCUCUUCUUCAUCAUACUCACUACUCUUCCCACCUCAUCAUCCGCGCUCCCCCUCCGCUUCUAGCCUACAAGAGCCCAUGGUGUUCCCCCUCUGCCCAUCAUGAUCCGUCCACCUACCCUCCGUCCCCUCCGCCCCCUCCGCACCAGCGCGUCUCUCAUGACCCGCUCUCUCGCCACCCUCGGCAUCCGCCGCGAGGACCCUCGCCGCGUCUGGGAGCGCCGCACUCCUCUGACUCCCGAGGCAGUCGCCACAUUGACUGACAAGGCCGCUGUCGAGGUCGAGUCUUGCUCUCGCCGCUGCUUCCCCGACUCUGCCUAUGCCGCCGCUGGCGCCAAGAUCGUCCCCAAGCUGUCCAAGGACGUCAAUCUCGUGCUGGGCAUCAAGGAGCCCCGCGUCGAGGAUGUGCACGCCCUCAUUGACUCUGACCCCUCAGUCAAGCGCACUUGGAUGAUGUUCAGCCACACUCACAAGGGACAGCCAUACAACACCCCCCUCUUGUCCGCCUUUUUGCCUCCAAGCAAGGGGCAGACUCUCAUUGACCACGAGCUUCUGACAUCCCCCGGCAAGGACGGCAAGCUCCGUCGCGUCGCCGCAUUUGGCUGGUUCGCAGGCGCUGUUGGUGCUGGCGAAGCUCUCUCUCUUACAGGGCAGGCUCUGCUUCGACGCGGAGUGUCGCACCCGCUUCUUCACCUUGCUAGGCCAUACACCUACACUUCGCUCGACGAGUUCAAAGCGGCGCUAAAGCGUGCUGGUGAUGCCGCUGAGCUUACGGCUCUCCGCAAAGCCAGCGACCCUUCCCUCUCACAUGAUGCCGAGGGUCCAGUGGUCAUUGCUCUCACUGGCGCAGGCAACGUCUCCACUGGCUCUCGCGACAUGCUCGACGAGGCUGGCGUCCAAUGGGUCGACUGGACGCAGCUUCCCAACCUCAAGCCUGGCCCCAAGAUCUACGCCUGCGCUCUCCCUCCCUACUCGUACCUUCAGCGCAAGACGGACGGCGGCUACGACCGUAUCGAGUACUAUGCCAACCCCGACCUGUACGAGAGCACCUUCACUGAGCGAAUCGCCCCUUACAUCACGACGCUCAUCCACGGCGCUGGGUGGCAGGAGGGCUUCCCACGCAUCAUGACGAAUGCCGACAUGGAGCGCUACCUUGCGGAAGGAAAGGGCAAGCACAAGAUGAUCGCAUUGCAGGAUGUCACCUGCGACGUAGAGGGUGCCCUCGAGUUUAUGAACCAUUACACGACGAUUGACGAGCCCGUGUUUGAGGGCCCAGGCGGCAUUCUGAUCGGCUCCACGGACGUUCUCCCCACCGAGCUGCCCGCCGACUCGUCCACCUACUUCUCUGGCAAGCUGUUGCCGUAUGUUGAGCGCGCGGUCGAUCGUGCAAACGGAAAGCCCGUGGUCAACGACGAGAUCGACCAGACACUCAACAGGGCGCGCAUUGUCGCCAACUCGGAGCUUCUGGAGAAGCACGAGUGGCUGCAGGAGAAUGUUGACAAGUGGCGCGCAACGCAAUCGGUUGGCCUUUUGCCACAGAAGAAGAGAGUGCUCCUCCUUGGAUCAGGCCUUGUUGCCGGUCCAGCUGUAGAGGCGUUCCUCAAGCGUCCAGAUGUGCAGCUUGUCAUCGCGAGCAACAACCUUGCCGAAGCCGAGGCGCUCGCACGCAACCGGCGAAAUGUGUCGACACGUUCGCUUGACGUGUCGGACGACGCCGCGCUCGGCGAAACCGUCGCAGGCGCCGAUGUUAUUGUCAGUCUGCUCCCCGCGCCAAUGCACGUUCAGGUCGCGCGCCACUGCAUCACCCAUGGACGACACCUCGUCACGGCGUCCUAUGUCAGCCCAGAGAUGAAGGAGCUCGACGCUGAAGCGAAGGCGAAGGAUGUCCUUCUCCUCGGCGAGUGCGGCCUCGACCCUGGAAUCGACAGCAUGGCUGCCAUGCGUAUUAUGGAGCGCGUUCACAAGGAGGGCAAGAAGGUCGUGUCUUUCGUCUCGUGGUGCGGUGGCCUCCCAGAGGCAUCCGCAUCUAACGUUCCUCUGGCGUACAAAUUCUCAUGGUCGCCAAAGGCGGUGCUCACGGCCGCGCUAAACAACGCCGAGUUCAAGCUCAACGGGGAGAUGCGCAAGGUCGCCGGCCAGGACCUGUUGCGCGAGCACUUCCCGAACGUCAAGCUGUGGCGCGGAUUGGCACUGGAGGGUCUGGCGAACCGCGACUCGUUGCCAUACGCAGAGAAGUAUGGGCUCGGCUCCAUCCAGGACCUGCGUGACUGUUUCCGUGGCACUCUGCGGUACCAGGGCUUUGCGCACCUCAUGGACGGGUUCCGCACUCUGGGGCUGUUGGGCCAGGAGAAGGUGGAGGCAGCGGGGAGCUGGCCCGGAUUCCUGGCUGCGUCGAUGAGCCAGGCACUCGGGCGCGAGGUGAAGGAGGAGAACCUCCUCGCCGAGGUAGAGCAGGCAACGGGGGCAGACGCUGAGCUGGUCGAGGCGCUGCAGUACUUUUCGCUCUUGCCAGGCUCAUCUUUGGGCGCACCCGCGCCCCCUGCCCUCCCGAAGCAGCCGCAGGCGCCGAUCGACACCUUCGCGUCCCUUCUUUCCAAGAAGCUCGCGUAUGCAUCCGACGAGCGCGACGCUGUACUCCUGCACCACGCGUUCAAGAUCGUGCCGGCAGACAGCGGGGGCGUAGGCGAGCAGACCGUGACCGCGUCUCUGCUGUGCACGGGCGACGAGCGCGCAUCCGCCAUGGCCACGACGGUGGGGUGCACCCUCGCGUUCGCGGCGCUGCGCGUUGCCGACGGACAGGUGCAGGUCCGCGGCGUGACCGGCCCAUACACGAAGGACGUCUGGGCCGGCGUGCUCGACGAGCUCGAGCGCAUUGGCGUCAAAGUCAAGGAGACGUGGUCGUAGCCCUAGCCAUAUCAUAACAUUGUAUGAACCUGUAAUGGAGCGGGGGGACGGCGCCGA